AGUUUUGCUGUUCCUUUCCCAGUGUCUGUGAGCUGCAGAUAUGGGUGUCAAAGCAGCUUUACCCAAAGUGGAGCUGUGUCUCUAUGCUGUGGUGUUAUCUCUGGCCAUUCUGUGGGCAGCAAGCUGGAUCUGUGAAGCUUCAGCAGAUAACGCAAGCCGACGAAGCUUUAAACAGAGCGUCAAGCAAGGAUGGGCAUAUAUUGGUCGGAAAAUGGACGUUGCUGACUUUGAGUGGGUUAUGUGGUUCACCAAGUUUCGAAACUACAUUCUUUUCGCCUUAUCUGGCCAUGUUCUGUUUGGUAAAGCUAUUUCCAUGACGGUUCCUCAGUACAGAUCCAUGUAUUUUAUGAUUUACGGGAUGCUGGCAGUUCUGGCUACAAUGGGUCUCUCAUACCUGACGCUGAUCCUGGUCCACUGCCUUCUGCUGUACAGCAUCGGUUUAGCUAAACAGAAGUGGCUGUGUUUCGCUGCUGGCCUCUGCAGCUUAGCAACAUUCAAAUUCGAACCCGUGAGCUCUUGGCAG